AUGUGGUGGCUUGUUUGUGUGGGCAUGAUGGUUUGUGCUGCUCCAACAAAGAUUGCUCUCUUUGGUGGAUCUUCACUUGCUGGAGACAAUUAUAAUGCCACUUUGGCAAACAUGGAACCAGUCAGUGUCUCUUUCACUUCACAAGGUGAUUUAAUCAUUGCUGAUUCCUUCAAUCAAAGAAUUAGAAAAGUUUUUGCAAGUAAUGGAACCAUUUCAACAUUGGCGUUUGAUUUGAAAGACUUGAGAUGCGUUCAUGUUCGACAGGCCACAGGUGAAAUUUUCUUUACGCAUGAACACUAUGUUAAAAAACUGACCACAGAUAACAAGAUUGAACUUGUGGCAGGAGCAUAUUUUGAAGGAGAAAGCUCAUCUGGAACUCCAGCUAGAGCUUCUCUUCUUUCAAGACCUGAUCAAGUUUGGGUUCACAUCAAUGGUGAGAUUUAUAUUGCAGAUACUGGAAAUCAUCGUAUCAAAAAGAUUGCACUCGAUGGAAACCUUUACUAUGUUGCUGGUAUCAACAACAAUUCUGUCUACUCUGGUCCUCAAGGUGAUGGUUUUUCAGCAAUUCAUGCAGUCAUGUUGGCUCCAACUGGAGUUUCAGUUUCACCAAGUACAGGCAUCAUUUACAUUGCAGAUACAGGUAAUGGUAUUAUUCGAAGAAUUGGAUUAGAUGGUAUUAUUACCACUGUAGCCAACAGAACUCAACUGUUGACUGGACCCUAUGUUGCAAAACAAUCAAAUCCAGUCAAUGCUAUUCCCACUCAUCUACAUGCUCAGGAUGACAAUAACAUUUAUUUCACAGACAUUGCAUACGCUCAAUUGAAAAAGAUGAACUCGAAAGGACAAGUUACCUUGAUUGCAGGUACAGGUGAGAUCGGCUAUAGAAUUGAAUCCGAUCAGAAUGGAAUACAGGCAGUCCAUGCAAAACUUUACAAACCUGUUGGAAUCUCACUCCACGCAGGAAAUAUUUAUGUUGCAGAUGUCAAUGAUUUUGUCGUGAGAAGAGUAGCAGCUGCCGAUGGCACUUUACAAAUUGUUGCAGGAAACCGAGAACGAAACUUUUUUGGAGAACAAAUUCCUUCGACAGAUGUUGUUUUUGGUGUGGGACCUUCUCGUAAAUUGAGACUAUUCAUUGGUACCAAUGGAUUCAUGUAUGUUGGAGAUUCCGAACUGCAAAGGAUUAGAACCAUUUCCAUGUCCACCAAAAUCGUGAAUACGAUUGCUGGAGUUGGGCCUACACGAACAGGUUUGUAUUCCAACAAUGUCCAAGCUUUGAAGGCUGGUAUUUCAGAACCGCUUGGAAUGGUGUUGAAUUCACAAGGUGAAUUAAUUGUAGCCAUGAAUGGAGCACUAGAAGUGAAGAAAUUGGGACUCAAUGGUAAUUUGACCUCUUUAGCAGGUGGAGGCCAAGACGACAUGUACUAUUACAAAAACUGUCAGGCAUCCAAUGCGAUAUUCUUUCAAGUCUAUGAUAUUGCCUAUAUUCCAAAUGGUGAUUUAAUCAUUCUGGAUUAUUAUGGAGCAAUUAGAAGAUUGAACGGCAGCGGUUGGGUAGAUUAUCUUGUUGGAAGAAGUCCAGAUGAAACUUACACUCCAAUUCUGUCAGAUGCUGAAUAUAUGGUUUCAAACGGAAACGAAAUCUAUAUUGCAGAUACAGGCAAUCAUGUCGUUCGAACAUUCAAUGUCACAUCUCAAACCUUUACAACAUUGGCAGGAACUCUCAAUUCUCAAGGAUUUGGAGGUGAUGGAAGUUUGGCAUCAAAAGCAUUACUCAAUCGCCCUACAAGUUUGGCAAUGUCGUUCAUAACCCGUGAGUUGUACAUUCUCGAUUCUGGAAAUUUUAGAAUUAGAAAAGUGAACUUGACAAGUGGAAUUAUUUCGACUGUGGUCGGAAAUGGUAGUCCUGGAGUCUCCAAGAUUGGUGCUUUUCCAAAUAGUACUUGGAUCAAUUCUGAAGAAAUGACCAUUGCCAUUCAUCCCACCACUGGAGUGUUGUACUAUUCUGAAGGUCAAUUUAUCAAAUACUUGAGUGAUAACAUUGUUUGUUUUGGAAUUGAAGCUACUAGUCCCAUUGUUUGUAAUGGUCAUGGAAAUUGUCUGCAAGAUGACGUUUGCUCUUGUCAUUUGAAUUGGGAAGGUUCAACAUGUUCAAUUCCCCAAUGUAAUAGAACCUCACCAACAUCACCUAAUGUAUGCAAUGGAAGAGGAGUUUGUAUAGGGCUCGACACGUGUAAGUGCAAUGAUUCAUGGCAAGGUCAGUUUUGCCAAAAUCCAAUAACACCUCCUCCUCCUCCACCUGUGAAUUCACCUCACACUUGCAAUGGAACACUGUACAAUUCAACACAUGUGUGUAAUGGCAAUGGAAAUUGCACUUACAAGGAUAAGUGUCAAUGUAACGAAGGCUAUUCAGGUUUGUUUUGUGAAAGAUACAAUAAGGGUUACGAUAGAGUGACAAUUUGCAUGGUAGGCGAUUUGACAUGUGAAGUGUUUGUUGGAAUUGUGAUUGGAUCCGUCUCGUGUGUAUUAAUUUCAGUCGUUGCCAUCGUAUGUACAAUCAUGCUUAUUAUUUGCUCAAUUAGAAGAAAAAGAGGAAGACAUGUUUUUAAGAAACGAAAACACCCUGCCUUGCCAAAUAUUGAGCUUGAAAGUUCAAGAUCACAAUUAAAUGUUUGA